UAACGUAGUUUACUACGCAACGACAGUGUGUUUCACCUUCGAUCGUUUAUCAUACUUUAAGAAUAAAGAGGAAAAAGAAAAAAAAAAAAAGAGCACAAGUCCCUUCCGGAUUCGAGAAAGUGUCUAACAACAGGAGAACCUGUGAAAAGUUCACUCGAGCGAGGAUCACACGACGCAAAAGCUGGGAUUUCGGACAACGUCGAAUGGGAGUAUAGAAAUCCGUGGAAACUGGUCGUGAUGCUGAACGAUGUUGCACGGUAUCGUGGGUGUAAUUGGAUGUUUCCGGUUGAACGAAGGAAAAUAACGACGGGGAUGACGUCGUAGUCGAACUGGAACCGUCUCGCGACAGCUCGAAUGACGACCUUUCGGAGCGAAGCAUCUACGAAAGUUGUCCAGCUGGAGAGAUUAUGAUCCUGACUGCAAUAUGACCGACAGAAUUACAUAGUGGCGCGUGGCGUGUCAGACCCGACACGGGACUAGUGCGUUCUCCGCCCUUUUCGCCGAAUAUUAUCGUGUGAUUUGUGUUUCGACGUCGACGCUAUAUAUCGUUCAAGGGGGGGCUUUCUGCAGAGUGGUGUGAUUGGAUUCGUGGAAAAUCCAAGACGCAAACAUGUCGAGACGGCAUCCAAGUCGACUCGACGUAGAAUCGGCUGCUACGGACUGAGUGUAAACGCGUGGAAAAAAGAGGCUACUGGCUAAAAUAAAGGGAGCAAAGACGGUAUAAAGGAAGACGAGAAGAGAGGAGAAGAGGGUAAGAGAAAAGGAAGAAGAGGGUGGAUCGAGAACGUGAGCCGAGGCGCAAAAUGGGAGCAACGAAAUUCGUGUUGGGAAGCGCUAUCCUCGGACUAUUUUGGUGUGGCUUGUUCAAGGGUGCCCUAACCAAUUCGAUGAACAGGUGCGACUAUCCUCCCUGCUUCUGCGAUCCUCACGGCAGGCUGACCUGCGACUGUAAAGAGGAAGGAGAGGAAUUGGUGUUAACCACCGAUGGUGACAAAAGAUUGAGCCCGCACAUCAGCAGGAUAGCGGUGAGCAAUUGUUCGUCCGUGAUCCUGAUGAACUCGAGCCUGGCCUCGAUGGUCGGACUCCGUGCGAUAGACCUGAUCAACGUGGCGAACUUAAGCCUAGUCAGACAGAGCUUCGAGCUGUCCCCGCAGAAUACACGCACACGAAUAUCCGUGAGGAACUGCAGCAUCGACACGAUACCGAGUUUCGUCUUUCGAGGUGACGUUGAAGCGAUCAUCUUCGAAAAUGUAAGGAUCGGCCAGCUGAGCGCGUUCUCGUUCGCGAAUCUGGUACACACGGAGAAGCUGAAGCUGGAGAACUGUCGUAUCGAGAGCAUCGAGGCACAAGCGUUCAAGAAGUUCGACGUGGGCCACCUGCACGUGAUCGGAAGUAGCUUCGGGGAUCAGGUGCCCAGUAGGACGAUGAACGAUAUCGAGGUUUACCACACUUUCAUGCUAGACGGUGUGAAAAUGGGUACAGUGAGAAGCGAAGCUUUCAUCGUGAGGAGUCCACGGACUGUGGCGAUACAAAAUUGUAUCGUAGAGAGCUUGGAAAGCGAGGCUUUCGACGUGACCGCGAGGGGGCCGGUGAUAAUCAAGAACAACAGCUUCGACAGCCUCUCGAUAGGUGCUUUUCUCGGUAUACGAGCGGAUCCCGAAGCGAGAACACCACCUGCCUCCCUACCGACCAACCUACACGACCUUAUCUUUAAGAAUAACAGCGUGGUCAACUUCGAGGAGGGCUCGAUGAUGUUCGAUCGGAGUAGCUUUCGUCUCGAGCUAGACAACCUCUUGGUCGACCAACCGUGCGACUGUCAGAUGUUGCCCGUAUGGAAGAACAACAUUCUCAAUUACACGAACGUCUACUCGAGGUUCUACACCAAACAGAACACCGGGCUACCCCGUACGUUAUCGACUCAGGACGCCAUCAACGAAACGCCCGAAACGUUCCUCUGCUCCGAUGGCGAAGUGAACGGGGUGCCAACGAGUUUCAUCGAAUACGAGACACGACAUUGUUCACUAGGUGGAUCCAUACUAGUCUUCGUCCUGAUCAUCGUGGGCUUACUCGUGCUACUGAUACUGCUCACCUGCCUGAUCAUCUGGUGCUGCAGGAGGCGUCGUCGAAACAGCAGGAAGAAAUGGACCAGCGUGCCGAUGAACGCACCUGACGUCGUGUCGAAGAAGAACGGGGUGAUCGGCAGAGAAGCGGCCUCGUCGGCCGCACCGGUCGACAGCCGGAUAACGAUGGUCGUGCCCGAUGGCAGGCUCUACAGGGAGACCGAGUUUCACGUGAUCGUUGAGAAGGCCGAACCAUUGACUACCGAAUUGUAACGAGAACCUUCACACGGCUCGACGACGAGGGCCGUGGUAGCUCAAGUCGAAGAAGAAUUCGAGUGGUCCGACACUUCGAGCCGUUUUCGCGUGUACAAGCUGUGAACCGGACCAGGACAAGACGAUGUACUUUAAACCGGUGCUGGUCAACGAUGUGUGACGAACACGUGCACCGGUUUCUCAGUGCGAGUUAAGAGUCGAGGAGAGCUUGUGUAACACGCGUAUAGUGAUCGAUGUAUGGUGAUCGUUAACGUUCAGGACUAGAGCGGAACUCUUCUAACGAAGAACGCGAUCCAACGCACUUCCUCUAUGAAGGAGGUUCCUCGAAGAAAUUUUUCACGUACUAUUAUCGAUUAAGUCGUGUUGCGUCUAAACGAAAAUAGAACGAGAGAUAUCGAUCUCGAAUCUCUCUUGUUUUCAAUUUAAUCGGCUAUCCUCCUAGUACAAGGCAGUUCGUAAGCUUCCAUAAUUUACAUAUCACCAACGAACGCCAAUUAUCCAACGCGUCUCACCCUGUUCCCAUUUUUUUUCUCUCUUCUUCGUUCUCGUCUUCUUUGAACGCAGUCACGUUCCUCUUCACAAUUAAGAGUUUUUCCUCUCUUCCACGAUCGAGGUCACGUGCAUGGAUAAUCGGCGCGUCGUUGUUAGUUAAGUUUAUCGUGUUAAGUAGCUUCCAAAAGAGGGCCAGUGUCGUUUCGCGAAGAUUGGAACGGAUCUUCGACGAACCGAUACACGCAAGGAAAGAGAAAAGGCAAAGAGAUAACGAAAGAGAGAGAGAGAGAGAGAUAGAGAGAGGCGAGAAAGAAGAACAGGAGACGAGACGAGAAAAGUGUACAAAGGAGAGCGAUCGAAGGCAAAUCCUAAACUCGUUGACUUGUGUAAGAUACGCGAUUGGAUCGACCUUUCGUACUUCGUCGUAUUUAAGUUUAUCGAUCGAUAGCACGCUUGUCGACGCAUCGCGUCGCGCGUUCAUCAACGUUUCAAGCGAAUGCAUGCUGUGUGAACCAACAACCGACAAAUUAUCCAACGAUGAUCGCGCGUUCGCUCGGAAACCAGUGCCAUCCCUAUACAGAUGUGAGUUCGUGUAUAAUUCAUUUAAAGACACGUUCGAUCCUCGAAGCAAAAGAGAAAAAUACGAAAUAGAAGGUAGCUGAAUAUUCGUGAGUUCGAAACGAACCGAGAACCAAAAUUAUUCACCCUCUUAACGCCCCUCCUUCCAACCAAAUCACUGUACUACCUACUUCGAUUCUAAUUGCGUUUCUAAUCGCAAUUAUGCUUGUAACACAAUAAAAGAUAUUACCUGACACCCCUUGACAAUACGAAAUAAUGAAUCGAUAUGCGAAUAUAUCUGAUAUUACUAUUAAGCGCAGAGAGAACGAAGAUAGCGUACUAUGAGGCGAGAUAAUCGAAUCUUGUAAUCUACGUUACGUACACGUCAUAGAUUAACGAAACUUACAUUACGAGAGCUCGUUACAUUAACGAGAAAAUUUUCGUUCCGUUUCGAUGUAACAAACAACGAGCGUGGCUCGAUUCUUCUCAAGUGUUCAAAAACCCUUUCUCCCCGCCCGAUCCUUGCGUAUUCGUUAAUUUAUUGUAUUAUUUCACUGCGACAUGUUUUAUUUAUGAGCUUUGGACUUAACCAAUAAAUUGUUGUUAUUGUUAUCAUUCCGAUCGGUAUCUAAUUUUGAUAAACGAGCGGCCAGGGACACCCUCGGCGAACCCAAUCGAUUCAUCACGAGGCAAACGAUUCGCGUUUACGAAUUCCCUCGCUAAUCUCGAAAGCGUGCUGCAAGUCCCUGACUAAUACGCGCAUACGUUCAACGUAAAACCACAACCGACUGCCGCGCUUAAGUAUCGUUCCACGCUCCUCGAGCUACCGCUUCCAGUGUGAUUAAUAGAGCCGAUAUAAUUCGUCGUCCUCUCUAUUUCAUCAAGGUAAGCACCGGUGGUAUUUUACUCGUCGAAGAUGAGAGCACGUUAAGCACCUACGAGGUGAAAGGUAGCCUUUGGAAUUCGAAAAACGAAGAAACGCCGCGGCAUACCUAUUACGUUGAACGAGAACGACUCGCGAAAGACGAUUCGUUCGAUGUUGGAAUGGACCGUUUUGCGUUUUAAAGUACAAUGCCGAAGCAGUACCGUAAGCGGAGUUCUAUGGCAUCGCGUGUGCAGCUAUCUCGCGCACGUGUUAGCCAUGCAUUAUUGAUAUCGCCACCACUUGCUCCACACGUAACGACUCUUGCAGCGUUGUUUCUUUUUAUCCUCGAGCGUCGAGCAAAAAUUGGUUCUCUCUGAGUUUCUCGAGAUUAUUCAGCGACCUUCCCCCUCGUUACCUUGAGCUUCGUCCAAGCACGCCCAAUUAGAGACCGCGCGCGAAGAAGUAGCGCGAGUCCAAUGGAAGCUGGACUCAUCUACCAGCUCUGUAUGUAUUCACGCGUACAAAUCGACGAGCGCACGCGCGAAUAUACAAGUACAAUUAUCGUACUUUGAUGAAAGAUUAAGUUUUUCUAAGGACAUUUUAGUUGUAAUUAUCGUGAGACUGUGAUAUAACGACAGCCGAUUGUAUAAUUUGUUUUACAUUGAAAGGGACGUCGUACCAUCGAUAACGAGGAGAUAAUAAAGAUGAAGUUGAUGCAUAGUA